GUGAAAACAAAGAUAUUGUGUGCCCAGUGGCCUUCAAAUCUAUGAAUCUGAGUGAGCAGCACGGGUUGCUUAACCAGAUCACGAAUGAGAUAUCGAAUCGUACUGGGCCCAGAACUGAUCUCUGAGGAACCCCAUAGACACACCUCUAUUUGAUGAUGAUUCCCCAUUGACAGCUACAUUUUUAGAUCUAUUAGUUAGCCAGUUUUUAAUCAAUAGUUUGAUUAAUUUUCAGACGGUCUUGGGUGCCUAAGAAGAACCAUCCCCAUGCUGCUAACACUGAUGUUUCUGGGCCUUGCUGCCCUUGUUGCUCCUUCUGUAAGUUAUGGAUGUUAUGGUGAUUUACGUACUAUGGAAACCCCUGUGAUUUCCUGUGGAGCUGUACAAACCCCAACUUGUGGGGUCCAUGCUGCAGAAAAGAUGGCUGAAAUAGACAUAGUACGUCUAAGGAGAUACGAAGUCCCUAUUAAGAGAGUUGCCAGAAAUCUGUGCAUAGAUCCAGCACUCAUUGCUGCAGUCAUCUCUGUGGAGAGUCGUGCUGGAGCUAUUCUAGUCGAUGGCUGGAACCGUGAAAGAAACCGAUAUGGCUUGAUGCAGGUUCAUACACACUACAAUUCAAUUCCUGGAGCCUGGGAUAGUGAAGAACAUAUAACUCAAGGUGCAACUAUUCUAGUUACUGAAAUUAAGGCAUUACAGACAAAGUACCCUACCUGGUCCUGGCAACAAUAUCUCAGAGGUGGGAUUUGUGCCUAUCAUGACAGGGUUAGGAACAUCCAGGUCUAUGACGGAAUGGACAGCUGCAAUUCGAGCAAUGAUUAUGUUAAUAAUGUUAUUAUUCGAGCCAAAUAUCUGCAGAAUAAUGGAUUCCGAGUUUUAGUGUAAUACUGGCUUCAGCCUCUUUUCAGCUAAAUCAUAAGACUCCUUCCAGUGACAGGUUAUCUAUGUAAGUUUCUAUGUAUGGAUCUAUGUAUGUUUAGUUAUCUAUGUAAGGUCAAAAUGAGCCUUACGUGGCCAUAUCCAAAGGGGAAUCUCUCUGGGUAGCCCAGGAGUCAUGCAGAGCCUCUCUGGGUCACACCAGCUCAAAAGCAAGGGCCUCCCAUUUAGUGAGUUUCCUGUGAACUACAUGACAGUGACACUGAUUAGUAGUACAAAGCUAACAUCUUUUUGGACUUAACAUUGGUGCAGUUCGAUUGGUGCCUUCCAGCUUUGAAACGUGGAUGAUUCAAUAUCUGCCUCACUAUCAUGAAAACAAAACCAAAGAAAAACUCUAGUAGCCCUUAUUUUUAAUUGGCAAGUUAAUAGCUGAUGAUUAUUCUGUUUGAAAGUCUAUUUUUCAUUGUGGCUAGAUUUGGAUAUGUAAAUUUACUGACCAAAUGAAUAAAGGGAAAUGACAUAUUAAACUGU